CGUAGUUUGAGUCAUAUGACAACACAUAGAAGAGGAUCAGUUUCGUCAACUAAAACAAUUAGGGACAAAGCCUUUUGCAGUCUUUUAACGUUUAGAUAUUAUUUAAUGGUGCUUUGAAACAUCCGUAUUGCCGUUACUGGACAUAGUAUAGAAUGGAACAAAACGACAAUCAGAAUUUACCUCCAUCUGCAUUAUGUCGCAAUGGAUGUGGAUUUUAUGGAAAUGCCUCCUUUGAUGGCAUGUGUUCAAAAUGUUUUAAAGAUGCCCUUAAAAGAAAGCAAAAUACAUCUGGAGCAGGGGGCAGAAUGAGUCCAACUACAUCUACCACCACUGAUGUCCCCUCAAUGGCAGGAACAGUUGUGUCUACUUCCACUAGUGUUGAAACAGCCAGCCCCACUGUGCCUUCUCCAAUUCAACAGGAGAAAGGAGAAGAAAAAGAAGAGGGUGCUACAGGAGGAAUUGAUACCGCCAAGGUUCAGGUGGAUGAUGAUGCUAGUAGUAUGUCAGGAGAAAGUUCCUCAGAUAAAGACAAGACUCCCAAGAAGAAAAACCGAUGCUUUACUUGCAAGAAGAAAGUAGGAUUAACAGGUUUUGAAUGCAGAUGUGGUGGACUUUUCUGUGGCUUGCAUCGUUACUCAGACAAGCACGACUGUACUUUUAAUUACAAGGAGCACGCUCAAGUGCAACUUCGAAAACUUAAUCCAGUAAUUGUUGGUGAAAAAAUCCAGAAGAUUUGAAGACAUAGUUAUCUAAUGGAAGGGGGGGGAGGGUAUCACACAUUUUGCCCAAUACAAAUAAUUGUUGUUGGGUUGAAAGGGGUAGGAUAAUUGGGGAUAUAUCAUAUUUGGGAUGGGGGUCAUUAUCAUUUCAUAAUUCAUCCAGAUGGAAAUUUACUAUUUAAAAAAUACCAGAUGUGUUAAAUGGAAUCUUCUUCCAUAGACAAUUCACAAACACACCAUUAUCUGUCCAUCUGUUUCACCCAUUCCUCAUUGAGUGUAUGAUGAUAUAUUUUAAAGUGGUCUGUUCCAGUUUGGCCAGCUGGAUGCCCAGUUUUGUGUAUUAUGAAACCAGCAGCUUUUUAGCAAGUGGAUUUAUAUUAUCUAGAGGGAAUAGAUCACUUUGUUGACUGAGAGGUAGCAUAAUUUUCAUUUCAUGAUGGCUUAUUCAAGUUCAUAUUCAUUAUACCCUUUAAGAAAUAUUUACAAGUAGAAACUAUUUUAAUCCAUGUAUCUGUUAUAUUGCAAAUCAGCAUUUGUUUUUGUGCUGCUUUUGGAAAUUUUAAAUGUGCUUUUGAGUAAUCAUGGCUGUUUGUCGAUAACACAGUAAAAUCUUUUGCUUAGUUGUAAGUUACCCCCAGUUAAUUCAUUAAUACAUUUAAUUUAUACAUUUUCAUAAAUACAGCCAUUGUUCAUUAUGUACCUUUAGACUAGUUUUAAAAUCUCUCUAACCUUCCUUUGUGGUGUGGGCUGUUUACAGGUUUUCAUUUUGAUCACAUGCUUCUUGGUAGAUAUGAUGGACUUGAUGCAAUUAUUUGAGGAAAUUUGGAUGAAUGUAUUGUACUCCUUUGUCAAAAUCUCACGGAUGUUGUGUAGCCGUGAAAAGGUUUUUCUUUGCACAUAGAGAGUUAUUGGGAUGGAUUUAAGUAAGAAAUAGAAAUAGGCCACAGUACUGCAUUGCUUUAGUUAAAUUAUGCAGUACCAGUUAAUGAAAACAUUUAAUUUAUCAGACGGUAGUAGAUUUAAUAUAUGUGACUCCAUUUACUAGUAUGGCUGUUUAUUUUUUGUGUCCUGUAAAGACUCCAAGUUGAUUAUGAUAAUUAUGCACAUUGUCUAAUGGCCAUGUUUAAGUAUUCACAACUCAUGUAUGCCUGUUUUACUUUCCCAUUUUGCCAAUUAAAUUAGCCUAAUAUAUGAACCAAAAUUA